UUCAUUAUCGACCACCACUAAUAGAUGCAAAGUUUUGGAUAUUCAGAAAUACCGUAGAAGUUAUCAGUAGUGUUUCCAUAAAAAUACAACUUAUAUUUUUAUUUAUGCAUAUUCAGUAAAAUAAUUGUAAGUUCGACAAUGAGAAUUUGCGGUUUACAUAAUAGACCAUCGGCAACUAGUGUUGGAAGCAGUGCUUCUGCAUUAGAAUCAUUUUUACAGCCACAAUUAAGAAAGCACUUCGCCGAUGAGGUGAAGCAGAAACAGGCCAUCUCAGAUCAUUUGAUAAACAAAAUACUCUACUCCAAGCGAUUGCUAGUUGAUCAUGUAGAAGCAUUGGAACAGUGUUUGCGGACCAUAAAACAGCCGGUGCAGUCAACGGAUCAGACAGAUGCAAGCGGUGUUGGUACUGCUAUUUCCAGAGCAGAGAUCUUUACAGCGCGGAAUACUUGCAUAUUGUUGGGUACCACAAUUUUGGAGCACUUCGUUACACCGAAAUGGUUACGAUUGACAUUGGUGCCAUCGCUGUUAUUGACAACCGGCUUUAGUGCCAUCUACAUGGUUAAGAAUAUAUUUAUUUUUCGUAAUAAGAUGGUCGAAAGUGAAUUGGAUAGUUUGAUACGGACGAUUGAUGAAUUUGGAAAUUGCAUUCGCCGAAAUAUGACUUAUUUCAAUGAAAUACUCAUAAUGAAGCAACAAGAGCUUAUUGAAUCUCGUCAAAUAGAGCGUGCUUGGGACUGCAUUACAUCGGCGAAGGAGGUUACAGAGAUAUUGUAUGAUGCAACUCGCAAAUUGGAAACGCAGUAUCCACUGCCUGUUCGUUUUUCGCAAUACUACUCACAAAUGGAAGAGUUGCGCGAAUGUGAAUAUUUCAAAAAUAACGUCACCGAUUAUAGCCCUAAACACAUCAAAGAUUUUCACAAUAUAUUCGCAUAUGUGCAGUCACAGUUCUUAUUACGGCUUGCCCUCACGAUCUCAACUAAACCAUCCAUCAGUGAAUUGAAUGGUGAAUUAGUAAAAAUUGACUGUCUUAUUCGACAACUAGUGCAGGAGGAAGAAAAUCAUUUUAAAAAUUUAGCUAUUGAAAUAAAUAAAAAGAAACAGUUAGAAUUAGAGGUGUUGAAUGCUACAAAAGCUAUGCAAACCCGUAACAGCCCCGUCGCUGUACUGCAAAAUUCUUCGCUCAAAUUAAGUGCGUGUAUGGUAGCCGUUGCUGGUGAGUGCCAAGCUCUAGAUAUUACACUGCAAAGACUCACUGAAACUGAAGCGGAACAAAAAGAUAAUGCCAAGCAACUAAUUCAAGUGGCAAACAAUAUGCGCGGCAUUGAAAACGCGUUAUCCGUGUGCUUUGAUGAUUUUCAACGCCUUAUGUUGGUUUAUAAUAAAUUUUUGAAUAGCAAAUUGGAUAAUCAACAGCCGGAAGGUGCUGCCGAUGGUGAAAACGACACAGCAGGCAAUGAAGAAUUUCCCGAGAGUAUCCUACGUGUUGAAAUUUCACAACAUCAAAAUGAUGAGAGUAAACGUGAUGAUUUCUAUGCAUACAUGUACGAUGAACAGCAAGCUCAAGCCGAGAAAGAGCAACUAGAAGCUGAGGCAAUAGCUCAAAAUAAUAAAGAUCAUGACAUGGAAAUUUUGAAUUUUGAAAAAAGAAUAACUCAAGGAAAGUUUCGUCCUGUGUUGAAGCAGUUGAAAGAUCGUAUCGAUCCAAUACGUAGUGAAAUGCUAGAAAAAGAGCGUCAAGUGUUGGCAGCUAAGGGUAUAAAUGUUGACGAACUCUUUGGUAAAGAAGAAAAUGCCAAGCAUGUAGAGGACGAUAAGCCAAAGAACAAAAAAAGUAUUAGCUUCGAGCAUAGUGGUGGCGAAAGCGAUAGCGAAGGCUCGGCGGACUUGGAAUUUCAAAGAAACAACAAGAAGUUGAAGGAACGUGAUAACUUUGCGGAAAUGCGAAAUUUUUUGGCACAAAAGCAAGCUAUCAAUAUAUUCAAAUUGGAUGAUGCAGCACCAAUAACAACAACGGGUAAUGAGGAAAUUUUGGAAAGUGAAUGUUAAAGCGCUUGAACAAUGUGCAUUGAAAAUGUGACGCUGAUAGCAAGAUAAUUAGAUAAUUAGUCUUUUUAUUCGACACAUCAUUUUGAUAAGGCGAAAACAAGUGCAUUUUACCUAGCAAAUAUCUAUAUAAUUUUAUGUUACUGUUAUGUUUACAGAUAGUUUAUUUUCGUUAUGGCUGUAAAUAUUAAUAUUCAGUUUUAGACUGUUUGAAUUCAUAUGUUUACUAACGUAAAGUAAUUACAGGUUGAAAAAAAUCGAUUUAAUCGGAUUAAAUACUAAGCUGUUUUAGUGCUCGUAGAUCGCGUAGCAUCGCUCUAAAGAUUUGCGAAUGAUUUUAAAUCUAAAGUUUGUAAAUAUGAUCAAAAAGUAGAUAUGCAAUUGGAUGAUAAUAAUAGAUACUCUAGCCAGCUUUUUUAGCAAAAUUUUACACGCGGUGUUUGGUACUUCAUAAUUCAUAUUAAAAACAAAAAUAUAUAUUAUAUGUAUGUAUCAAAGGCAUAAUAUGUACGUAAAUUAUCCAAAUGUAUGAUAUAAAGCUAUUGUAUAAGCCCUUAAUUUACGCUGCCACUUUGCCAUCCUUUUCAGCCCAGUGCGCUUUUAUCUGUGAAAUGAUAAGAUUAGCCUUAAACUUUAUACUUUAAUUGCUUCUUGUUUAAUUUUAUUUUUAUCUUAAGUUUUCAUUUACCAUUACCAUUUAAUGUAACAUAUAUGUGUAUAUGUAUGUAUACAGUUGAGUUAAAAACUUUGAAGUCAGAACACCUUCAUACAUUUCAUAAAGCACAAAAGUUAUAAAGGUCUUAAAUUUUAUUGUUCCUACUCAAUUCAAAUAAAUUAGUUUCGACUCACAUGCCGUUAAA